GCACGUAGGUUUUAUUGUUUUGUCAGUGCUUUCAAAAAUUGUAUUUCCUGAACAAAAAAUAGCAAUGGACAUAUUCAUGUAAACACAAUAGCAAAAUUAAGUCCAAUGCAUUGAAUUGUCAUAUCUUUCUAUCUCGCAUGGCUUGCAGGAAUGCAAAAAUUCAACGUGUGGUCAUUUGAAAUAUCUGUCUGUUGGCAUUUUUUCACCCCACAUAUUUCCUUAGACAUUUACCCACAAACAUCAUUUAAUACAAUGUUGUUGGAUCAUCACAUUUCUUUCUCCUCUUGAUAGUCUGCUGGAAAAGGUGUCUGUGGAUCGAGUCAGUGGACUGCAGCACGGGAGUCCAUCCCAAAGAAAAUCAACAAGCUGGAUGAGGAGGGGAUGGAGGUGGCUGUCUGUCGGCAUGGUGUGCUGCUGAGAAGUCUGAACAUGAUGAGGGGGGAAAUAUUUACAUAUCCUUUGUUGCUGAUUCCAAGGAAUGUUCAGUUCAUGUGCACUGACGUAAUAUGCAAGUACUGGCCAUACCUGCAGAGAGUUGUUAAUGAUUGUCCAGAGCUUUCUCCUCUCCUGCACAUGAAGCCAUUCCUGUCAGUGAUGCAUGCAAAGGCCCACUCAUGGAAAUGUGAGAUUAAGUGGGGUGGCCGAAACCAAGAAGGAGCAGGCACCACCUUGGGUGAAGAGGUGGAACAAGUAAACAGCUUCUUGUCGAGAACUGCUAUAUGCAGUAAAUACAUGACCAAAGGAGCUAGGACAGACAUGAUUACUAUCCAGGCCAUGGCAUGGAAUCAACGCAAAAUUGACAACCUUGCAAAUGUGCUGUCACGAAGAUUAAUAAAGACAAAAGCACAAAUUCAGGAGGAGUCCCUAAAUCUUGAUGCACUAAAGACAGAGUUUGCAGUAACAGAUGACACGCUUAAAGACUGGACCAGUGAAAUCCAGCAGUGGGCUGAUACAGCAACAAGUAAGAAGAAUGCAAGCAGUCAACAGGGACUCCAGAAGACAAUUGAGACUCUUUAUGUGAGCAUCAAGCAGAGGAAGCGAGAUCUUUACCAUCAAACAGAUGGAAACAAAAGAAGACACAAACUCCGUAGAAAAAUUUUGAAGGAAAAGGCCAAAUUUAGUGCAGCUGUAGAUGAGUACAACAGGGAAGCACCUGAAAAGCUACAGUCAGCUGACACAGUUCUGGCAUCUGAGAGUUAUGCAUGGCCAUGGGUACUGGAUGAGCGUGGGCCUUUGACCAACUGAUGCUGCUGAAGCGCCUUACCGAAGAGGAGUGCAUUGUCCUGAAUGAAAUCAGGAAUCACUAGAAAAGCCUCAAAAGGGAUCUGUCUCUUCUAAAUGACCUUUCAUGUCAUGUUGCUGUUGAUAUAAAAAAAAAAAGAAACAGGACUCUGAACGUUCCAAAAGUGGAAUUCUGGGACUUCACGCUCUACUACAGAAAAAACUAUGCUACCUAAAAACUCACAUUUCCUCGGUUCGGAAGCUGUACGGUAGUGUAGACAAUUGUGAGGUGUGUGAGAAACUGCAAGAUGAUGAUUACCUUGACAUGGAUGAGGAUUAUAUCCAGUAUGGUUCAGAGGAUGAGGAGGAGGAUGAAGACGAAGUUUCAUUUGAAAUUUAAAAACCAUUAAAUGUUAACUGUCUAUAUUACUUGAUAAAACACUGACAAGGUGUUGUGCAAAUGUGUAAUCCUACUGUUAAAUUCUUGAUUUUAUAUUAAAUUUCAUAAAUUACAUGGUAAAAAUUACACUGUAAAACAUUACUUGCACUAUUAUUUAUUGUUAAAUAGCUUCUUGAUGUAACAAACCUGUAAUAUUCAUGACUAUAUGUACAAUGUUUUACCAAAAUGUACCAAAUUCAGACAGAGAACCUGCCAACCAGUUAUAUUGUUUUCAGUAUGAGUGUGCUGCAGAUUUGAUGUAAUGGGGUAGAUGUUUGAAAAUGCCUGUACUGUAUGUGUUUGCAGUGACCUGUCCAAUAAAUGUGCUAAACUGCUUUGCUCUAGAACUGAUAUGUAACUAAAAUGCCUACCUAGGUCCUUUUUCAUCAUUGCCCUAAUAGACUGAUUGACAACUGGUUAAUU